AUGACUCGUAUCUUAUGCAUUGGCAUGGGUGGUGUGGGGGUCAUUGUCAGCUAUGGCCUCCUGCUUAACCCCGAAGUGGAGGUAACUGCCGUGGUCAGAUCUGCCUAUACAAAAGUCACGGAGCAAGGCUACACCAUCAGUUCUGUGGACUACGGUGGCAGACGGAACAAUGACGAUCCCAACGAGGCCGAGAACGCCAUCAAAGGCUUCAGGCCUCACAAAGUGGUCAAGGCAUUGUCUGAAUUGAAGCUGAGCGAUCCGUUCGAUUACAUCGUUGUUUCCACCAAGUGUAUUCCCCUGGACAACAACGUUUGGGACGACGUCGAGCAGGCCAAGUCGUUCCUCAUCAAGCCUAAUAGGGGAACCAGCAUCGUGCUUGUACAGAACGGAAUUGACAUCGAACAGUACUGGGACUCGCUCGCCCCCGAAGUCAACUUGAUCAGUGGAGUUUCAUAUAUUAGUUCUACCAACAUCGACUGCUUGGUGACCCAGUACGGCACCGAUAUCUCACUCUAUGGAUUGUUUGACUUCACGCGGUUGGACGACUUGCAGGCCAAGCAAUCGCUCUCGACGUUCGUCGAGCUCUUGAGCAACCCCUACAAUUCGAUCUCGAUUGACCACAACACCCGAUUGACUCGGUGGAAGAAGCUCCUCUAUAACGCCUCUUUCAACAGCGUGUGCUGUUUGACCAAGAAGGACGUGGGCCAGCUCUUUGAGGCCGAGGGCUUCACAGACCGCGUGAUUGUUCCCAUGAUGGAACAAGUGAUGGAGGCUGCCAACGACGACUUGCAGCGCUAUGAUUAUGGCGAGCACAACGGGCUCAUUUCUCGCGAAAAUAUUACCUUUUUGAUGGACGCCACACGCAAGAGUGAUGCUGUUAACAACUACCGGCCCUCGAUGUUGGUGGACGCCCUCCAUGGACGGCCCAUUGAGUUGGAGAUCAUCAUGGGGAACAUCGUUCGUAUUUACGGCAAGAACAACCCUGGCCAGGGGGACGACAAGAUCUCCAAGUUGCGCUUGGUGUACGACUUGUUGGCAAUGCAGAAUUAG